AUGCAUAGUAAAGAUAUCAACGAAAUGACUAUUUCUUCAUCUUCUAAAGUUGGUUCAAAAACCAUUAAAGUUAAGGCUACCAAAUCUAUUCAAUAUACUUUGUAUUAUGGUACAUUUAUACAUACACCAGAACUCAACAAUUUCGAAAUCUGCUUCAACACAAUCCUUGGAGUGAAUGAAAGAGGUGUGAUCGACUUUAUUUAUAAGGAUUAUAAACCAGAAGAGCAUAAUGAUAAAUCUCCAAUAGAAUUCUUUUUAGAUUCACAUGACAAUGAUGAUCAUCUGAGGAAUAGAUAUAGACAUGGACGUCUUACACUUGAUUAUAUUGAUUACUCUAAUGACACAGAUACAUUUUUCAUGCCAGGUUUCAUCGAUACUCAUAUCCAUGCAAGUCAAUUUCCAAAUAUGGGGAUUGGAUCAGAUAGCACAUUGUUAGAUUGGCUUAAUGAUUAUACAUUCCCACUAGAGAAAGAAUUCACAGAUAAUAAUAAAGAAGGGAAGUUUCAGUUUUCUCGUGACAUAUAUUCCAAGGUCAUUAAUAAGACUUUGAGUAAUGGAACCACUUGUGCAUCAUAUUUUACCACCAUCGACAGCGCUACCACAAAUUUAUUUGCUGAAUUGUUGUUGGAAAUGGGACAACGAGGGUUCGUAGGGAAGGUUUGUAUGAAUAUAAAUGAUGCAUGUGAAGAGUAUAAAGAAUCUUUUGAGGAUUGUCAAGAAUCAAUGGAAAAUAUAAUUGUUCAUUUGAGUAAUAUAAAUCCGGACAAUGAAACGUUGGUAAAGCCUAUUGUAACUCCAAGAUUUGCUCCUGUAUGUUCAAAAGAUCUUUUGGGAUACUUAGGGGAAUUAAGUAGGGAUAAUAAUCUACCCAUCCAGACUCAUAUUAGUGAAAAUAAGAAUGAAAUUGAGUUAGUUAAGAAAUUAUUUCCCGACUUUCCCAAUUAUUCAUCAGUAUAUGAUGGAUUUGAUUUAUUAACCAGUUCAACUAUCUUAGCCCAUGCGAUUCAUUUAUCACCAGAUGAAAGAAAAUUGAUCAAAAAGAGAGGUUGUUCCAUUAGUCAUUGUCCCACGUCGAAUUCUUUCAUUUCUAGUGGUGAAGCACCCAUUAAACAAUUUCUUUAUCAUGAUAACAUAAAUGUUUCAUUGGGCACUGAUGUUAGUGGAGGGUUUGAACCAUCAAUAUUAGCAACCAUGAAACAUUCCAUACUUGUGAGUCAUCACAGAUGUAUGAAAUCUGAUAAGCCUAACCGGGAUAGAUUAACUAUUAGUGAUGCGAUAUAUAUGGCUACUUUAGGUGGAGCCAAAGCUGUGGGAUUGGAACAUAUGAUAGGGACUUUUGAAAUUGGGAAGAAAUUUGAUGCUCAAUUGAUAGAUUUAUCUUGUGAAGGAUCCAAAGUUGAUGUUUUUGAUUGGCAAUUACCAACUUCUGCUUUGGAACAAAAUGAAAAGAUUAGAAAGAUGAAAGAUUUGUUGGGAAAAUUGAUCUUUUGUGGUGAUGAUAGAAAUUGUGUUAAGGUUUGGUGUAAUGGUAGAUUAAUUGUUGAUAAACAUGCUAAUAGAAGAUAUGAUAGAUGGGUAAUGGUUAAUAAAUAUGAAUUAGACGAGUAG